CCCCCAUGACAUUUUUACAGACUCGAAAGUGAAAUUCUCAGUGUUGAAAGAAAAGCUGGUCCAAGAGCAGCAGAGCACUGCCUGCACAUCCCUCCUUCCAGGAAGGCUGAGGUAGCUAUGGACAGACCAAAUCUUGGAGACCUGAUUGAGAUUUUUCGCAUUGGCUACCAGCACUGGGCCAUCUACGUGGGAGAUGGUUAUGUGAUCCACCUGGCUCCUCCAAGUGAAAUCGCUGGAGCUGGUUCAGCCAGUCUCAUGUCAGCCGUGGUGGAUAGAGCUGUAGUGAAGAAGGAACUGCUGUCUGUGGUGGUUGGACAGGACAGGUACCGGCUCAAUAACAAGCAUGAUAACAAGUACCCGCCCCUACCUCCCAGAAAUAUCGUCUGGCAGGCGGAGGAGCUGGUGGGACAGGAGGUGCUCUACCAGCUGACCAGCAGGAACUGCGAGCACUUUGUGAACAAGCUGCGCUAUGGAGUCGCCUGCAGUGACCAGGUCUCUGAUGCCAUCUCUGUAGUGGGCGCCGUGGGAGUGUGCCUGGCAGCCAUAGGCCUCACUGUGCUUCUGGUGAUCUGAAACAGGUAGCAACAGCAAGAAGUCCAAGGAAAUGUCUCGACAGCAAGAAGUUACGGGGCAUCUGGUUUAGCCAGUAGGUGUGGUGUUUUGUUUAUUGAUUUCACCAUUUGUGAUCAUUUUGGCUUAUUUUAACGGAGCUAAAUAAAAGUAUCAAAAGAUUUUAUCUGUGCAAAUACAGCCCAGAGUGAAGCGUGUUGGGGGUACAGGGGCUCCUUCCUGGUGACACUGAGUUGCAUCCUGACUGUUGUGUGUGUUUCCUCUUAUGAAGGCUGUGUUCUUUUUGAGACAUGAGUAUGCAUAUGGCGCGUGGGGGAAGACAGACCUGACUGAUGGACAAGACAAGAACCUUGGCCUGACAGCCUGGGACCACAGUGCUGGAACUGUGUUGAUGGUUCCCAGCACUGAAUGUGACUCAGCCACAGGGACUGCCGGCUGCCCUUCCUCUUGCUACUCCCCGCUCCUCUUGAUUCCAAGAACGGUUGUUGUUUUUAAGCUGUAUCUGGUCAGCUAUACUGAUGGCGACACCACGCACAGUGGAAUGAGAUGCUGCCUGGUCCUACCCUGUUCUCGUGAUUGGUUUCUGAUUGCACCAUUGUGAUCCAUAGGGUUUUCAUUGGCUGAUUUUCAGAACUAGAUAGCCAGGCCUUCCUUCCUAGUCUGUCUUAGUCUGAAAGCUCUGCUGAAACCUGUUCCACAACGCAGCAACAUGCAAGCCUCCAAUGACAGAUGGGUGGGUGGUAGCUACACAUGUGGCGCACUGGCCGGGAAUCAUGUCCUGGUCUCCAGCAUGGUUGGUGAGAAUUCCAUCACUGGACCACCACUAACCAAAAUGAGUUUUUGUCAGCUCUCUACAUCUUUUCUGUGUCUUGCAACUUCCACCUCCUCAGCACACCUGCGCAGGCACCACGUCUGUUCACCACGACUCUCAAGUCUCUGAUCCCACAUUCCUAUGCUGGUUUCUCUUCCUGCAUCUGCUCAGCUCAGUUCAGUUCCCCUGCCCCUGUCACUUCCUGUGCUCCAGUUCAAGUUCCUGAGAGACUCUGAUUGGCCCAGCUCACCACAUCGGAGCUCAGCCUCCUGAUUGGCUGUCCUUGGGUCAGGUGACCACACGAGGUCUAUCAGCUCUGCUGAAUGGGGCAGGGUCACACGGGACAAACAUGGCGGUAGAGGAAUCUUCACUUGGAGGGGAUGAGGAUGUGCCCAUACCUGCACCCAGGGGAGGGGAGGGAACAGAAACCAACCUUCAGCUGGAUCCUCAAGCAUUGCUUGAGUCUCCAAGAGAGAUUCUUGACUGAAGUGAAAGGCUGGACCUUGUAUCUCCCUUAGAUCUUAUUUCUCAAUCUACCACUACU